AUGGGUUCAGUGGCUGUUGAUACAACGUGGAGAUGGAAGCUUGACCAAUUACCACAGGAGACUGGCACUAUUGUCAUCAAUAUAUACCCUAACAGCACGUCUAAAGAUUUCGCCCAGGUUUCAACUGAGGGCAUCGCUCCAUGUGUAGCUCAUCAGUUCUUACUGGAAAACACCCCCAAAGGCAAUGACCUGGUCAAACUCCUGCUACCAAUUCAGUCAGGAUAUGUAAUCCAGUCUGACUUUCUUGAGCGACGCAUGCUCGACUGCCUGGAUGUGACCAAAGUACAGGGUUUUAUAACGCCAGGACAACAUAUCGAAGGCCCCCCUGCUGCAGCCUUCAAAUCUAUGGACCCCGAAAACUUGCUCUCCUUUUGCUAUGGAGCUAUUGUGGUCCAAGAUACCGGCUCAUUGUUAGAAGACAACUCUACGGCAGUUAACGAUGAGUUGGCGAAACGCCUUUCCUUCUCCUGGUACUCACCAAACCCUAUACCUCGGAAACGUCUGGCUCUUGUUGGCGCUGGCUCCUUGUUUCGGAUACAAGGCUACCUGAUAGCGGCUGCCUCACUGAAUGUUGGAAUAGUCGUGUUUGAUGAGGCACAUCACUGGAUAUCCAAUGAUCUAUAUCGCCAUCUUUACGAAGAAUUUGUGCCGUUAGACUUGACUAUGGAUGUCAACACGACCCAGCGCAUUUCAAUGGUUUUGACUAAAUACCAAAAUAGCGCCUUGAAAGAUAAGCAACUUGAUGGUGUUUUUACCGUUGACGAGCACCUUCGUGCCAUUAUAUCCCAUGUGGCAACACAACUAGGCUUUAAUACCCCCCCGCCAGAGUCUAUAAGCCUAGCCCAGAAUAAAUUUACAACUCGCCAGCUCGAUUCAAAUAUCUUUUGCCAACUUGUUCGCUCUCCGGCCGAGCUAGAAAAUAUGAUUUACGAGAACGGACCAGAGCUUCCCUACCCUCUGAUUGUGAAACCUUCCAAGGGCUGGUCAUCUGAGGGCGUCUGGAAAGUGAACAAUGAGCAAGAGCUACGCGAAAAGGUUCCUCUAUUAUGGCGUGAGUCCUUUACUUCGUGGCAUGGUUGUGAUGUUGUCAUUGAGCCCUAUAUCGAUGGCCCUGAAAUAGAUGCAAACAUGGUUCUCGUGGAUGGCGAGAUUGCCUUCUUUGAGGUUAAUGAUGACUUUCCCAGUGCUGGAGACUACCCAAAUAAUGAAAGUGGCGCACGGGUGGCUAACUUCGUUGAGACGUCAAACAUGCUGCCAUCGGCUCUCCCUUCAUCCGAGAUUGAGGUACUGCGGCACCGGCUACAUGAACUUGCUCUCGCAGCUGGCUUCCAAAAUGCAGUUCUACACAUGGAGGCCAAGUUACGGAACUCAAGUUGCCAUUAUACCAAAAACUCGGCUACGGAUGGACUAGUCGACCUACAGCCCAAAGAGCCGACAACAGCAGCUGCAAUGCAGACAAAGGAUGUCUUCCUCAUCGAGAUCAACCCCCGCGCACCAGGCUGGCAAGAAGUUGAAGCCACGGCACAUGCAUACGGAGUGUCAUAUUACAGUAUCACCCUUCUAAAUGCCUUAGGUGACAAAGAGCGCAUCCGGUCUUUAUCCAAGCCUUUCAUAGGAGGACCCCAGUACCACAUGCAGCUGCUAUUUGUCUCUGCUCAGAAGGGAGGCGUUUACAAUUUUGGCGAUAUUUGCAAGACCGUCCUACAAUCUGAUCGAGAAUCUCAACUUCGUCCUCACAUUGUCAAAUGUGCCAAUCUCAUGGAGAAUGGGCAAGAAGUUAUGGACCCUAGCACGGGGCAAGUAUAUGGAAAUUUCAUUGCAUUUUUCCUAGUUAUAUCGCGAAGGAGUCGUAAGGAAGCAAUGAAAAUCGGGCAAGAGGUUGAGCGUAGGGUCAGGGAGUACACUAAUGAUUUCUGA